ACACACCACAAACAUCAAACGCUGCUCCUUUUCACGAAUUUUCCCAAAUUAAACUGAAUUCCGAUCAAACUGGUCCUAAAAAUGGUAAUACGUCCAACAUGUUAGUGUUAUGUAUUAUCAGAUAAUAAAAAAACAAACGCUUGAUUUGUGUGCGAUAAGUCAGUUUAGCCUUAUUUGUGGUUGUCUUGGUUACACCGUUCAACCAACUGUGAAAGUGAAAAGCGUCGGAACUUGAUUAAUGAUAGUAAACACAUCACAAUUUCCUUUGUCUUAAGUUUGAUGAAAGCGAGUUAACAUAGUAUUAAAGGAUGUCAAAGAAGAAACGCGAGUCAAAGCAGCAGGAGGAAGCAAAUGUCUCGUCUGAGAGCGCAGGACAGGAUGAAUCACAGAAAGAAACGCUGUUGCACAUGGAAUAUGACAUUCUUACUGAGGAGCUACGCACACUGAAGAUGAGAGUUCAACAACUACGAAAAGAAAAUGACUUUCUUCAGAAUGAGGCUGCGCAGACUCAAGUGGAAAGUGAAGAGUAUAUCUCAUAUCUGGCUAAGAGAGCAGAGAAGAGACAGACUGCAAUAGGGUCUCUGAGUGAUCAGAGUCAUCAGGAACUUGAGAAGCUGCUGAGACAGAGACAGAGCAUGCAGGAAAAACACGAGGAGAAGGCCAGCGAAUUGCAAAAAGAGAUCCUGCACAUGGAACAUCAGCUGGCCAAGCUAAAUAUGGAAAUUGCAGACCUGAAAGACGUCAAGACUCUACAACAGCAGCAGUCGUGUCGUAUUGCAGAGCUGGAAAGGGAAGUGGCUGCCAUGCAGAGUCAUCAUUCAAAGACUCUGCUGGCUCUCAGGAAUGACUUCAAAAAAGAGAAGGAGAAACAUGAGAAAAAGGCAAAGGAAAAAGUGCAAGCUUUCACUUUUUCCAUCACAAAGAUGGCAAAACACACUCUGAUGUCCUAUUCGAAGGAGGUGCUUGAGCAGAACAAAGGCAUACGAGCGGAGUUAGAAAACCUGGCUCAGAGAUUACACGCCCUACAAAGACAGCAGAAAUCUCUUGAGAGCCAUCAACGGCAGCUUCUGCAGGAGAAAGAGUAUGUGCAAAAGCUCCAUGCUCAACGUGUUUCCCAGUGCUCAAAAUACACACCAGUGGGAUUGAUUGACAAACAAGAAGAGAACCCAAAACAAUAAUCCUUCAGUUACAACACAGUAUUUAUUAGUAGAUGACUUUCAGCAAACAUAUGAAAACUAUUUUGAGAUUGAAGUAUUUGCUAAAAGAAUACUCUUUGGCAUUUUACAUUGCAAUAAAU